CUCUUCUCACCACUGAAUCGAUGAUGGGAGGAAAAACAGCAGCAGCAGAGGGCGGUGCCACCGAAAACCCUGCCGUCCAUCUUAAAUGGUCGCCUUGUCUCUUGCUGUUGCCAUCUAUCAGUCCCACCUGUCUCUCUCUCUCUGUCUCUUUCUUCUUUGGGUAGCACGCCGAAGACUAGUCGGGUGGUGGGUACGAGCGAGCGAUGGAGAUGUCAAUAGCGGCGCUUCACUUGCUCCUGCGGAGCGCCCCCGCCGCCGCCGCCGUCGUCGCUGGAAUCCUCCUCGUCGCCCGCAGACGGCGGUCCAAUAGUCCUCCAGCUGUUCCUGGGUGGCCCUUGAUUGGGAAUUUGCUGCAGCUGAAGGAGAAGAAGCCUCACCUGACGUUCGCGAAAUGGGCCGCGACGUAUGGGCCGAUUUAUACCAUCAGAACCGGCACUUCCACUGUGGUGGUUCUGAAUUCCACUGAACUUGCCAAAGAGGCAAUGGUGACCAAAUUCUCAUCCAUUUCAACUCGAAAGCUCUCAAAGGCAUUGAUGUUGCUCACUUCCAAUAAAUCAAUGGUUGCUAUGAGUGACUAUGGGGAUUUCCACCGGAUGGUGAAGCGCUAUGUGUUGACAAGUCUCUUAGGAGCUAAUGCUCAGAAGCACAACCGCGGUUACAGGGACACGAUGAUUUGUAACGUCUUAAAUAUUCUGCAUUCAGAAAUUAAAAGUGAUCCUUCUCGAGCAAUAGAAUUCAGAACACCAUUUCAGGCUGAGAUUUUCCGAUUAUCCUUGAAACAAGCCUUGGGCCUGGAUGUGGAAUCCAUUUUUGUAGAGGAACUUGGGAAGGAAAUAACAAAGAAGGAAAUCUUCGAUACACUAGUUGUAGAUCCAAUGAUGGGUGCUAUUGACGUAGAUUGGAGGGAUUUCUUCCCAUACCUCAGCUGGAUCCCAAAUAGAAGCUUCGAGACGAAGAUCCAAGGAAUGGUGACUCGUAAGAUGGCGGUGACGAGGGCCCUGAUUAUGGAGCAAAAGAAACGUAGAGAACGAGGAGAGGAGAUAAACUGUUAUUUGGACUUUCUGCUGUCUGAGAACACGCUAACGGAGGAGCAGUUGACAACAUUAGUCUGGGAAGCAAUAAUUGAGGCGUCCGAUACAACUGUGGUCACAACAGAGUGGGCUAUGUUUGAGCUUGCUAAGAAUCCAGAGUGCCAGGAUCGACUUUAUCAUGAAAUUCUACAAGUAUGUGGGUCUGAAAAAGUCACAGAGGAGCAUUUGCCACAGAUGCCGUAUUUGAAUGCUGUGUUCCAUGAGGCUCUCAGACGACAUUCUCCAGUCCCUAUUAUACCCCUCCGGUAUGCCACUGAAGAUACCCAGCUUGGAGGCUUCAACAUUCAGGCAGGCUCUGAGAUAGCGGUCAAUCUUUAUGCCUGCAACAUGGACAAAAUGCAAUGGGAGGAACCCGAAGAAUGGAAGCCUGAGAGAUUCCUACGCGACAAGUUCGAGCAGACGGACAUGCACAAGACAAUGGCUUUCGGCGCAGGAAAGCGGGCAUGUGCAGGAACACUGCAAGCGAUGCUGAUUUCUUGCGUGGCCAUCGCGAGGUUCGUGCAAGAGUUCCAGUGGAGACUGAAGGAAGGAGAAGAAGCCAAUGUUGCCACCGUUCAGCUCACAACUCACAAGCUCCAGCCUAUGCAAGCACACAUAACACCAAGAGAAGCAGAUUCUGCAAGGCCUCAAUCAUCCUAGACUCAGAUGAAGUUAUACGGACUGAGAAGCAAGUUCAUCAGCAUAUAGUCGAUGUGUUAUAUGUUCUCUAAGAUGUGUGUUUGGCAUCAACUUUGAGCUUCCGACAACACUGCAUCAAUAAAUUAAACGCUCGGUGCCGUGCUGUAGGCCUCCACUGACACUCUUAGCAUUAGAUGCCUCGUUCUUGUUGAGCUCCUCGUCCUAAAUUGAGUUAGCUUACCUGUUCUUGAA